UUAUGUUCUUCAAACAAAGUUCUUUUUUAUGUCUUUGGCUAGAUAGCCUGAUAGAUACGGACGGACGGGAACGGCUGCUCAAAAGAACUUUUACUCAAGAAAAACGAUGCCGUUAUCCGGUUUACUUUUGCCUGACAACAGAAAGCCUAACUGCAGCGAGUACGAGUUUCUCAACAUACCUGAAGGAGUAAUCCAAACAAAGUCUCUCCGUCAAAGCAGUCAGAUCAAGAAAUGUGCGCGCGACAAGCAAGGACGUUUGCCUCUGAAACAGAAAAAGAACUUUAUGCAACGCUGUUGAAGGAUGCCGUUCUCCGCCGGUCCUUCGCGUGUUCGUUGAAUUUCGGACGGUGAGAAUGUCGGGGUCAAAAUCAGAGACUGGAAAUGAACUUCUUGAAGAUCUUUUAUUGCAGAAUAUUCUGGGCACAAAUGUUCUACAGGCAAAGGCCGCAGCUGCUCAAAUGCGAGCGUUCUCAGCGUUCAGUGCGAGAUUAUGUACAGUGUUCAGGGCGGUGUUUAAAGCUUGACCAGAGUGGAUCCAAGGCCACAGCAAUAUCUCUUCUUGGCACAAAACAUCCUGUUCUGCGCAGUUACGCGAUUAUCAGAACAUUUUGCUACCGAGGUUAGCUUACACAACAUAACUGUGCACAAAUAAGUCUAUGUAUGAUCAUGACAUCGGUAUAUCGCGUGCGAGGGCCUUCAACGCGUAGAAUCCAGUGGGAAAAAGGGCACAAAACCCAUGCGACUUACAAUUUCAAUCUUUCCCAGGACCGUAAAGACAAAGAUGGAGUUCGGUGCUAAACCGAAGCCAAGUCAAAAUGUUGGGAGCAUCGGAAGAUAUAACAUCACCGGGGGAAAAAAACUAUCAUUCGCAUCGUCAGAGCCAAACGCUUAUCUUGCUUAGCGGUAACCGUGAAGUAGCAGAUAAAUCCAAUAACCGCCGAGCGCCGAGGUGAGAGACGCUCUUGUUCUCGGAGCUUGUGCCACAUCGGCAUCUGCAUCAAAUCACCAAAGACUAUUUGAGAGCCCUGAUAAAGUGGCGAUGUCAACUUUCCCAAACAAAUUCAGCCGGCCGCUUCGGCUCAACACACGGCCGGCUGGUCUGCGAGUCGAGAGGACUGCGUUUCUUUGAGAACUUUUCUAGCAAAGAGGCGACCCGUUUAGGGGAAAAGGCCCACACCUGAACAAAGUUGGAGUCAGACAACUGAGGGCUAACCGCUUUCGACUCCGAGGCUGUCGAACGGGCCCGGAGCGGAUCUUGCGCUGCCGCCAGGAGCUAGAGAGGAACUCCUGCCUCGCCACCCAAGAACCCGGCAGAGGAGUCAACCGCAGAAGCUCCUUCAUCACCUUCAGCUCGGGACCAGAAUGCUGCAUCAUCUCCACCCUCCAGAGAUUCGUCACCCAAAACUAUCUUACAACAGCAACACAAAUAGACUCAAAAACGUAUCCGAGUCCAUGUACUUUGCUCAUCUUGACUCAAGAGAAAGCUGAAGAUUGCUCAAUCUGGCAUGGAAAAUAUCAUUUUGGCCUCAGGAUGUUUUUGUUCCUUUAAUGCUGACCUGAAACCAUUGUUUUAAUUUGAAUCCACAAAAAGGGACUCCAGUCUGCCUGCUCAAUAACAAUAGCGAAAGGUCUGCGCAGGUGUGAAGCUGCAAGAUGAAAGGGAAGCCCCACCCCCUUGACAACUUUCCUUCUUGACCACCUGCCGUGGUCUUUGGGAAGCGUCUGCCGCGGUGCGCAAAGGGGCACACGAGGACCCGUCGCGAUGGCGCCUGGAAACCGAUCGUCGACGGGGGCUGCCCGACAAAACCCGUUUGGAUGCCCCCGAUUCUCCUGAUAAUCGGCAAAGUUUGGCUUGUUGAAGACGUCUCUCCUUUCGUCCAAAAAACUUCUCGAGUUCUAACCUUCCCUCUCCGCCUGUGAGGGUCAAGAAUAGGAAUAGUUUUUUGCCGUUGCCCAGGGGGCUCGGUCAAACGGCUGUCGUUCACUCGCCGUAUGACAAAAGGCUGGCGAGGGCCGCUCGUCCCGUCGAACGAGGAGAGCCGUCAGGAAACGGUUCUCGGCAAACGAUGGGUGAUGCUUCACACCUCCUCUGUUUACAGAGGGCUGGAUUCAAGGUGAAACGUCUUCAACAAACUUCUAAGCAGAGUCCAGUGGCACGCAAUGUGGGGGUUUUUUUGUGCAUUCGUUGCCGCCGGCGUGACUCGGAACCCGUCGCCAGCCAUGCCGCAAGUUCGUCGACUCGAGAUGAAGCUUCGCUACGACAGGAUCGGGUGCCCGCCCAAUCUCGAAGGUUCAAUUCAUGGAUCGUCAAAAGGUCAAUGUUGUUUUCGUCUUCCGGUUGAGGCGCUCGGCCCAGGCGAUGGCCGAACAAGCUCUGCUUUGCUCGCCGGGCGACGCGCAGAUCUUUUACUCGGCGGGGAAAGAAAAAAGGAGGUCGUCUGCUCGGGAGCCGAGAUGGCGGACGACGGUCGCCGCGGCUGGGAGGAGGACGAACGCGGCCCGGGAGCUUCUCACCACGGCUUCGUGCUCAUGGAGGCGCUCCUGGACAAGCUGAAAAUGUUAAACUGCGACCACGAGCUGCUGGAAAAACACAACAUGAAACCUCUCUCCAGACAUUACUUUGUGUCCAGCCCUUACCUGCCGCACAAUCCCGGCGAGCAAUUCUACGUGUUCACCGUCACGGCCGCCUGGCUCAUCAACGCGGCGGGCAGAAGCUUCGCCGAACCUCAGGAGGACGACGAGCCCGCCGCCGCCGUCGCCAACAUCCUGACCGAGCUCAGGGCGCUCGGUGUGAAGGUGGACUUCCCGCCGUCCAAGCUGAAGUCCGGUUCAGGUGAGCACGUGUGCUUCGUGUUGAACACGCUGGCUGAACACGCGCUCAAGAGGCGGGGAUUCUCCUUUAAAAGACCAAAGUACCCGACGGACACCGCAGAAGAAGAAUCGGUGAUGGACGACCACGCCGAACUGACACUCAACAAAACGGACCACGUCGUCGAGGAUGACGACGAAGACGAGGAGAACCUGGUGGACUUGGAGGCGCCGACCCCGCAGAGCAGCCUCAAAGAAGCGGCGGCGGCCAAACCCGAGGACAUCCAGCGCGCCACGGUGGACGCGGCCGCGUGGAACCUGGAGGUGGAACGAGUCCUGCCCCUCCUCAAAGUCACCAUCAGGACCGACAACAAGGACUGGAGGGUCCACGUGGACCAGAUGCACCGGCACCAGGACGGAAUCAAGUCUUCCCUCCGUGAGGCUAAGGGCUUCCUGGACAAGCUGCAGGAGGACAUCAGCAGGACUUUGGAGAAGGUGUCCAGUCGGGAGAAGUACGUGAACAAGCAGCUGGAAGCCGUCAUCGGCGAACAUCGCGCCGCCCGCGCCGAACUCAGCGAGGUCAGGGAGCGCUACCGACAGGCCAGCGGGGGCGUGGCCCAGAGGACGCAACUCCUGGCAGAGCUGAGUGAGGAGUUGGAGAAGGUGAAGCGGGAGAUGGAGGAGCGCGGGAGCAGCAUGUCGGACGCAGCGGCGGUGGUGAAGAUCAAGCAGAGCGUGACCAAGCUCAAGCAGGAGACGGUGCGGAUGGACGUGCGUGCGGGCAUCGUGCGCCACAUGCUGCUGCAGGCCAAACUCAAGCGCAAGUCCAACUUGAUGAGCGCCGACGAUACGCAAACCUUCGCCUAGUCGUGGCCGAGAUGAGGCUCCUUCUUCGUUCUGCCUAAAACCGAAGAACAAAAGACUUCUCAGCGAAGAGCCGACACGCUGGCCCAAAACGCUCUGCGUUGUCCCCCGGUGACCCGCAGCUCGACUGCGGGAGGAAGGACGAUCGAUGACUAUUCUGCAAAGAACGGUCCCCUUCUUAUCGGCCCUGAAAGCUCGCUCACCAGAUCGAAAACCCGUAUGAUGACUUGACUGCAAACCAUUUUGAUGGAAAUCAACAGUCCGCGGUCCGACCCUGCUGAAAUCGCCGCUAAACCCACACGGUGGACAACCGGCAGCCCCUCAUUAGUACAUAAAAUAAAAUAAGAAAUCACCUUCCUCAUCUGUCAGUAAGAUGCACAAAAAAAAACAGCUUGUUAUUACGGUGUUUCAACAAUAACAGUGGCUAGCUCUCCUCAUCAUCUAUUGUAAGAGUCGAUGCGCUCAACGGAGACCGCAACGCUGCCGCCGAGCGGACGGAGGGACAGGACUUCUCAACUUGUGUGUGUGUGUGAAUAUCUUGAAAUCUGCGUUACGUUUGUCUCCAAAAUAAAUGCACCUUCAACAAUUUACAAGCAGAAUUACAAAUGAGAAGUCAUGAUAGAUGCACACACGGCAUUAAAAAAGACGUGUAAAUCGGGGCUAUAUUUGUGGAUUUGAAAAAUCGCGGAUAUAUUACAACACACGUUACAACAGCGUACGUGUGUCGUAGUAAAAGAGUGUUGCGGCCAUAAAUGAUCAUGAUUAUUUGCUAAAAACAAUCAAGUUGAUCAGUUUGAACAUGAAAUAUCUUGUCUUUGUCGUGUAUUCAAUGAAUUAUAGGUUGAACAUGAUUUGCAAAUCAUUGUAUUUUGUUUUGAUUUCUUUAACACAACGUCCCAACUUUAUUGGAAUUUGGGUUGUACUUGAGUGGUGUAAAUAAGUGUUUUUCUGCGUGAAGAAUUAUAAAAAUUUUUUUGCCUUAUAUUACUCUUCAGAAUCUUCCAGAUUGCUUAAUUUAUGUCAAAAAAAAAAAAAAAAAAAAAAAAGAUUCUCUGCUUUGUCACCUUUUUCAUGCCUUUUGUGUUUGCAUGUCUGUAACCUGCUUUUUACUCGUAUUGUAAAAAUAGAAUAUUUCACUUUUUUUUUUUUUUACAAUUAUAAUAAA